AUCAUUUAUCAACAUAACAUUGUUUUGAUCAUUUUUUGAUGUUACUAUCACGUUAAUACUUCAUUCAAAUUUACAUGAUAUAAUGACUAAUCGAGAGUAGUGAUUACAUGCAUGAAUAACGAAAUUGAAAUUAAAACAAUAAUUGCUGAAUGUGGUUUACGUUCUUCAGUUCUCCAGAAUGUUUCCAUAUGCCAACUAGAACCUGUGAAAGUAGAAACCCAUAUUCCAUAUUACUGUUUACAGUAAAGUAUUAUUAGGUUCUUGGUAGAACUUAUGAGGACUCGAAAGAAACAUGUUUUCUGCUAUUAAAAGAUUUGGCAAAGGUAAAGGUGAUAGCAACCCUAAUUGUUCCAACAAUGGUAGUCGACCACCUAGCCAUCAGACAAUGUCAACAACUUUGCAAAAAAAAUUUGCAAGGGGAGUUCAGUAUAACAUGAAAAUUGUAAUAAAGGGGGACAGAAAUGUAGGUAAGACAUGCUUGUUCCACAGAUUGCAAGGUAAAAAAUUUGUUGAAGAGUAUAUACCCACUGAUGAAAUUCAGGUAACAUCCAUUCAGUGGAACUAUAAAGCUACAGAUGAUAUUGUCAAAGUAGAAGUAUGGGAUGUAGUUGAUAAAGGAAGAAAAAAGAAGCAUUUUGAGGGGUUGAAAUUGGAUAACACCCAACAAGAAGUGUCUGAAGAACAUGCUCUAGAUGCUGAAUUUUUAGAUGUCUAUAAAGGCACUAAUGGAGUCAUAAUGAUACUUGAUCUAACAAAAACAUGGACUUUUGAUUAUGUUCAGAGAGAACUUCCCAAAGUCCCAGAACACAUUCCUGUCAUCAUUUUAUCAAAUCACUGUGAUAUGUCACAUCAUAGGACUGUUACUCCAGAUCAUAUCAAUUAUUACAUAGAAUCUAUUGCUGGAAGCCGAUCUGCUCAAGUACGCCACUCAGAAUCUUCAAUGAGGAAUGGUUUUGGGCUAAAACUCCUCCAUAAAUUCUUCAACCUGCCCUUUCUUCAGCUCCAAAGGGAAACCCUUCUAAGACAAUUAGAACGCAAUGAAUUUGAAACUAAUACCACAAUACAAGAACUAGAUAUCUUCUGUGAAUCUGAUGAAGCCAACUACAACAAAUUUUUAGAAGGUCUGGUGAAGAAACGUAGAGAAGUGGCAGAUUCUAAUGCUAAUAUUCCUGGACCCCAGGUGAAAUUGCAGCUUGCUGCUGGACAAUCUGACAUCAAAAGAUCACAGAGUGCAUCUAUUAUAAUUGGGGGAGGAAAGCCUAUUCCUUAUGGUAAUACAGCCCUCACUGUCAAAAAAGAAACUCCUGGUACUCAGAUUUCAAAGAGUUCCAGCAUGAGUUCUGGAUUUGUGUCAAAGCUGGGGGGCACUACAAAUGUCACUGAUGGUGUGCCAGACUUGAGGAGGUUGCAAGUCAGUCCUAUAACAUCUGUUGAGGAAUUCAUUCCUGAUGGAGGACAACUUACUGGAUUUUUGGAUGAUGUGCAAUUCAAUAACCAGAACAAUGCAAAAGAUGAUGAUCAUUCUGAAUCUGAUACUGACACAGGAAAUCCUCUGGUCUCUGAAUUCCAAGAAGACUUUGAUCCUGAAGAAGUAUCCAUUUCAAAACCACCAAAACAUGCCAAAAGGCUGGAUCCCCAUUCAAGGAUAAUGAGAUCGGCCAGUAGUGAAAUUGAAAUAGAGAAAACAAUGCCAGAAGACUAUGAUAUGAAGCAAACCAAUGAUGAGUUUGAUGUAACCAUCAAUUCAGAAAUUUCCGAGCUCACUUCUGAUGCCUAUGAUGGGUGGAUGGGAGCUGAUACUAAAUGGAGAAGAUCCCCAGAAGGAGGAGAAGACAAUUCAGUUGUGAGUCAAACACUUGAUGGCAGCAACAGUACCGCCUAUGAUGAUAGUAAUAGUGUAACAUCUUCUAAUGUUCACAUGGAACUACUGUCUUCAAGGCAAACCCAUAGUCCUAAUAAUCCCAGUGUCAAUAGUGACAGUGAAGAUCUGCAAACUUCUAGUUCUGUGAAAAAUGACAAGAAGAAAAAAGAUAAAGAUAAGACUGAGAAGAAGAACAAGAAGAAGCCCAAAGACAAAGAGAAAAAAGACUCGGCCAAACUGGAGAAGAAGCACAAAAGACGCUCCAGAGACGAGACCGCCUCCCACCACGAUGAACUCGAAGAGUUCCUCAACGGCAGCUCGAGUCCCCCUAUCGAGACAGGAUACGAGGCUAUCUAGCACAUGCCGGCCCUCACCAGAUUCAAGUACAUGUUGAAUUUUUGACUUUGAUGUUUGCAUCAUUAUCGCGCAGAGCUUGACGAUAUUUAUUUCGUUGAAGAUCAAAAACAGCUACCUUAUAUUAUUGCGGCAAGGAUAAAAAAUUAUGGCUGAUUUUUGGAUAAUUUGAUUUUAGCCUACUAAACUCUGAACGUUUUUAUUGAUAUCAGUUUAAUAAUUCAAUAAAUUUACAUGUUUUUAUUU